UGGUUGAAACAGCUGCUCAGUAUUGAAGAAACAAAUUUUCGUUUGAUUAUUUAUGAUAACACAUCAUCUUAAAUUUCUGAUAGAAGCACAGAUUUUAAUAAUAUAAUCUGUGAUAGGAGCUCAGAGUAAUAAUAAUAGGAGUUAGAACUUAGAGCUUAGAACUAAACUGUUUUAAUACCCAACACUCAACAGUCUAGACUGGAUUCGGAACGGAGUACGGAGAGUUACCUCAGUUCAUAAUACUUAACCAGAAUUAUUAGUCGUGCUUAAAAUUUAGAUCGUCGUUCGUUAAAUUAACUUUUGUUUUGUAAUUUAUAUUUUAGUAAUUUUAUGGAAAAGUAUUCCAUUUUUAAUGUAAAUUUUAUUAGUUGUAUCAUUUGUUUAAGUCGUUUAAAACUACGUUUAGUUUUAACAUUAACUUAUGUGUAUAAAGUAUAAGCUACCUACCUGCCAUAUAAUUUAUUUUUAAAAGUAUAAUUAUAACUACAUUUUAAAAUUGUUUUUAAAGAUCUUAAAUUAUGUGUGAAGACGAGUGGUCUGAUAUUGAGAAACGAUUUGAAAAAGAAGGUAUGGUUUUCAAUCGACUUAAAGCCGAUGAAAAAUUGAUUCAUGUUUGGAGGUGGCUAGUAGAUGCUGACAUUAAUUUGCAGAAUGCUAGGAAAAUGAUUGAUAAACUUCGACAAAAGCAAAAUGAAGAGCUUGAAGAUAUGGAAAAUUAUAUGGUUCAUAUAAGAGUAAUUGCCGAUAAACGCAUUGAUGAUAUGGAAAAAACAAUGGCAGUAUUGGCAGAGCAAGUUGCAAGACUUGAAUGUGAACUAAGUCAGCUAGAAUCGUUAGAUGGUGAUAAUGUUUGUGAUAAAGUUUCAAAUUUAAUUUUUUAUUAUAAGACACUUACGAAUGAAGUUUGUAUACUAAAAAAGUUUAAAUGUGUAGAGGAUAAUGGAGAAGGUAUAGAAAAAAAUGAAAAAUUAUUAGAAGAAAUUAUUAAAGUAUCUGCUGAAAAAGAGUUAUUAGAAGAACAAGUGAAAGAACUUGAGAAUCGCUUAAACGCAUAUAGCAGCUGUGACAUAGAUAAAACAGAAGAUAAUACACACUUAUUAUCAAAAGAGUUAUCAGAUGUGUUGAACAAACCUGAUGGAAAAGAUUCAUUAUUAGAUAACUCAACAUCGUGGAAUAAAAAUGUUACCAAUGAUGAUACAUCAAGUAUGAGCAUACAGCUAUUCAGUGAAAAAACUAUAUCGAUAAGUAAUUUUGGAAUUGAUGUACAUAACAGAUCUCAAGAUAUAAAAAAUAAUCAAUACCAAAGUACCAUUGAUGCGUUUAGAGUAUUUGAUCCAGAAUCAACACCACCGAGUCUCAUGUCUAGUAAUAUAGCUACUCCUCGAAAAUUGUCUACUGUACUUAUUGAUGCAACUUCAAAAAAUAAAUCAGAAGAACUGAAACAAUUACAAGCCGAUUACGAAAUGCAAAAAGCAUUAAUGUCUUCUCUUGGAGAAAAAUAUAAUAAUCUCGCACUCAAACAUUUACAUUAUAAAUCCAAAAGAAAAAUGCAAAUAGAAGCUUUAAGAGGUAAUUUGGAAGCUAGUCAAUGUCAAAUGUCAUCUCUUAAAACACAAAUAAACAUACAGAACCAUAGGCUUAAAACUGAAGAAGAAUUUCGCAAGCAAGUGGAAACAGAUUACAGACUACUGCAAGAUGAAAAGCGUAAUAUUGAUUUCCGAUUUGCGAUGGCAGAAAAAGAAUUACGUAAUAUGGCAAGACAUCUUAGUGUGUUACAAAAGAAAGUGAUUAUGUUGGAAAGUGCCAAUGCUGAUUUACUGUCAAAGCAUUUACGCUUAGUAUACAAAGAACCUCGUCUGUCUAAAAGUUCUACUUGUGAUUGCAUUACUGAUAUUUCUAAGAGUACAUAAGAAUAUAAAUUCAAUUUUGUUUUUAAAUGCCUUGUCAAUGAAAAUUUAAAUACCUAUCAAAAUUUAUAUUUAUAUACAUUUGUUUAUAUUAUGUUAAAGUACAGGAAACCACUAAUAUUAAUUUUUAAUAUAGAUCAAAUUUAACUUUGUACAAAUAAAAAUAUAGUCAUGCACAAUGUGAACCUUAAGCUUACAUUUAAGUUAAUUUUACUACCAAUUUAUAUAUUAUAUAAUUUGUUUUUUUUUAUGAUGUGUGCCAAAUAUUGUAACGAAUAUAUUC